CAGUAACGGGAAUACCCCAGAAAGAUCUCUCAGCCCUCUGUAUUCCCAGGACUCCACACAGGAAGAUCACAUCAUCCCACUGGAUCAGGUAAAUGCCCUAUUAAGAGAUAAAGCUAUGUGUACAGAGUUGAUGGACUGAACGGUACAUCAUAUUAUGCUAUUCAGGAUGAACAUCGUAUUACUAUUAAAACUGAAGUGGAGGAGGAAGCAGACGAUCCAUAUAUGAUGGGUGAUGAUGAGCCGUAUAUGAUGGGUGAUGAUGAGCCUUGUAAAGAGGAGCAAAUUCCUCUGGAGAUCGGCACAGGUAUACAGCACAACAGGAACGAUCCCAGAAAACUACCUUUUAUUUAUGGAGAAGGUGAAGUAGAAGAUAACAUCACCAUCGAUUUCUCAGAAGAAGACCCCAGUGCCCUGUAUCUUUACUGUGAAGAUCUAUCAUCUGAUUCUUUUACACCUGGGGGGAAUUUUCCUGACCCCUCAUCUCCAAUGACUUCUUAUAACAUGGGACCUCCAGUGAGGUUCCCAUAUUUUAAGCAUGAAGAGGAUGACCAAAGAGCAGAACUCCUCUUACUUCAGAGAUCUUACAUGAGGGAGCAGACGUUUUCCUGCUUGGAAAGUGGAGGGGGGUUUACCCCAAUGGCCUCUCUCAUUGGGCACGAGAGCCUUCACACGGGGCCGAAGCCAUAUCCGUGUUUCGAAUGUGGGAAAUCUUUUUCUCGGAAGGCCAAUCUCAUCAUUCACAAAAAAUCUCACACGGGAGAGAAGCCAUUUUGUUGCUUGGAGUGCGGAGAACGGUUUACUCGGAAAUCUUCUCUAAUGUCGCACGAGAGUCUUCACACGGGACAGAAGCAAUAUGCAUGUACAGAGUGCGGGAAGUGUUUCUCCCGAAAGGCCAAUCUCAUCACGCACGAAAAGUCUCACACGGGCGAGAAGCCGUUUUCAUGCGCCGAAUGUGGAGAACAGUUUACUCGGAAAUCAUCUCUCAUGAUGCACGAAGGUCUUCACACAGGUACAAGGCCAUAUAUAUGCCAAGAUUGCGGUAAAUGUUUCUCCCGGAAGGCCAAUCUUAUCAUGCAUAAAAAAAUACACACAGGGGAGAAGCCAUUCUCUUGCUUGGAAUGUGGAGAACACUUUACUCGGAAGUCAUCUCUCAACAGACAUCAGAUCGUUCACACAGGGAUCAGGCCCUUUUCUUGCUCGGAAUGCGGGGAGACUUUUAACCGAAGCUCAUCCCUCAUCAGACAUAGAAAAGUUCACGCGGUGAAGUUGUAUUCAUGUCUCGAAUGUGGGAAAUGCUUUAAACUCAGGUCACACCUUAUGUACCAUAAGCAAAGUUAUGCUUCCAAACCUUACUCUUGUUCUGAGCUGAGCCAAGGUGUUACAGGGACGAUGAUCUCCUUUUAGAUGGUGUAACGAGACCCUUGCUCGCUCGGUUCCGCUCUCCCGACACUCCUCUACUACUAUUGGAUCAGAUUGCAACGUCUG